CUCUUCUUUCUUCCUGCCCAUCACCCCAUCAAGACACGAGAGGUGUGGUAUCUUAAUUAUCCAUCCUCCUCUCUUCCUCUCCCCUCCCCCGAAGUGCGACACCUCCAUCGCGAGUCGUUGUCGUCACUCCCUACUCCCAUCUCCUAGCCGCAGGUCCUUUUCCUGAAAGGCCGCCGCAUAUCUCCACCCUCGAAGAAAAAUACGUCGUGGUGUCGCACCAGGCGUUCUCGCGAGAGACAUCAGCUUAUCCGCGCAUACAUACAUACACACCCACGCCGGCACGCCUGUCCACUCACAUACACGGUGUGUGGGUCGCUUCCGUGUGAGAUUCCUCCAACUCGCUCGUCGCCGGACGAAGAAAGAAAAGCCGAUCUGAAAUCCUUGUUGGAUUUGUUUCCCAACGCGAUUCCAUCAAUCGAGCAACGAAAUUACCGCUGCCACCUGCAGUUCGCUCCCUUUUAUCCGGACAACGCCAGCUGUGCUCGUCGAGGCGCUCCUGAUUGUUCGCGCUGCACUUGCCUCUGCCACCUCGUUACCGUACACGUUUGACACUGUGCGCCCACGAGUCUUUUGCAGGCUGGUCCUUUGAGAGCUGUCGUCUCCUUGCGAAACGACUCACUGUCCUCGACCCCCUCACGGCAGAAUCGUAAUAUAUUCACUUGCACACACUUCUCCCCUCUCGGCCGACGCUUGAUCAUCCGGUGCUCAACCGCCCUUUCAAAUCGACCCGCUAAUGUCCAGCACCGUCCAAUCCUCGACCGCUCCCAUCAACGCUCCCAACAAGUCCGCUUCCUCGUCCGCUGCCGCCUCGGGAACGACGUCCUCCAACGUCCGUUCCUCGUACGCCAACGCGACAAAGGGCCCGCAGUCUUCGCCGUCCGCGAACCCUUCUGGCGGCUCUCCAGCGGUGGUGGGAGGUCUGGCCUUGAGCCAACAUGCUCAUUCAAAGUCGGCAUCUCCAGUGAAUGGUAGGCCGUCUGCGCCUACGAACGCGCCCACCGGCCCUGCCAUUGUGAGCUCUACCACCGGCUCUGUGCACGCUAACGAAUCUCACGUUCGUGCUCCUUCCGUCACCAUCCCCCCGGGAGCUGGUAACUCUGCGCCCAACGGAAUCAGCACUCCUUCGCGCCCCAACAUUAGCUUCGGCUCCAUCGGCGCAUCCCCAUCGCCUAAUAUGUCGCACAGCACACCUCACAUGCACCACAGCUCGCUCUCGCAACCCUACGGCGGGCCAAACCCUGCCCGAUCACCCUCCCCUAUACCACCUCCAGCGGCCUCGAGUGGCGGGCCGCCACCUCCGAGUCUUUCCAGCCAGAGCGCAGUCAAUUUCGGUAGCCUCCAAGGUGCGGAUGGCCCCGAGCAAUCUCUGCCUAUGCGUCCAGGGAUCCCUUCCGGUCCAGGUACAGGCCCUCAAGCCCAACAUCUUCGUCGCGAAUCGUCGCAAUCCGCCCAUAGCGAUAACAUGAACCGAAACUUCAUCCCACCAAACGGCCGCGGAGGCGGAGGCCGGCCUCCCUUCAAUGGCGGUAACCAAUUUCCAGGUGGUGCUCCGGGCCAUUCACCGUCCAUGUUCCGGACGCCUUUGGCAAUGACGAACAGGACCCCAUCGAAUGCAGGCCCGGCUUUCCAGCAUCAGGUUGUGCGAGGCGCAAACUCGCCUUUCCAAGCAAAUCGUAGUCCAGCGAUGCCUCCGCACCCUCAGCCGCACAUGCCAAACAUGCAGAACGGCCCUAUGCCCCACGCAUAUCAAUACCCGCACAUGCAGCAAGCUCCCGUCUACAUGCCGGGCUACGAUUAUCAGCAGUACCCGUAUGCACAGCAGCAGGGUUUCAUGCCUCCUCAGAUGUACCAGCAGGUGCCGCACACGUCGAUGAACACGCCGCCUCCUCCCACUCAUUUCCGCCCUCAGCAGCCAUACGCGCCCGGCCCCUACCAAGCAUCUCCCGGACCUCAGUCCAUGUCCCGACAAGCCUCUCAGUCUGGAGACCCUCGACCGUCUUCGUCCAUGGGACACUCGCCUGGUCCUCAUCCUCAGGCCAGUCCCAGUCCGGGUCCGUCUCAGUCGAACUUUCAGCGUCCACCGAAGAGCAGCGCUGUCAAAAUUACAAAGCCCGAUGGCGAGGUCGUAGAUUUCAAGAAGAGCGUUCAGUCUCCGAGUCCAGCCACGUCGUCAAAGGGUCCUGCGGUCGUCUCAUCCGGUGGUGCAGCACCGUCCACACCAACUCCCCCUCGCACCACGACCCCGUCUGGUCAGCAUGCUCGUACUGAGUCGGUGCGCGUCAAGUCUGCUGAGGAGCGCAAGAAGGAGUUCCACGAGGCAUUCUUGAAACAACUCAAGGCCGAGGAAGAGGCCGAGGCCGAGAAGAAGAAGAAGGCUCAGGAGGAGAAAGAAGCAGCUGCAGCUGCCAGCAGUAAUGAGCCAGCACCAGAGCCCGCCGCUUCCAAGGAGCUUGAGGCUGAAGCCGAGCCCAAGGCCGACGACGGCGCUGCCAAAAACACAUCGACUACCAGUGCCACAGACGCAGAACCAGUAGAACAGGGCGAGACCGAAGAGGAACGAAAGAAGCGCGAGGAAGAGGAAGAGAUGGAGCGCAUGAUUGCUGAGAUGGAGGAGGCGGAGCGGCUCGAGCAGGAGCGCGAGGCAGCCUAUGCUGCCAAGAAGAAGGCCGAAAAGGAAGAGGCAGAGCGUCUUGCGGCAGAGAAGGCGGCCAAAGAAGAGGAGGAGAUGAAGCGCUUGGAACGCGAGGCGGAGGAACGUGAGGAGGCCAGAGCAAGGGGUAAGGCCGAGGGUGACAGCGACGCUGAAGCCCAGACGUUGUUCUCCCAGCUGAAGAAGAACACCAUGUUCGGCCCUGGUGCGACUGGCGCGCCUGCGAGCGAGACGUCUACUCCUGGUUCCGAGUCUCCCAUGCCGCCACCAGCUCAGCCAGCCUCGGCGUCCAAAACUCCAACAGUCUCCGCGAAGAAUAAACCUGCCGCUCUCAAGCUCGAGACGACGAAAGCCGUCGAACCCGCACAGCCAACCGCCGGCAUGCAGGCACUAAAGACUGCUCGUUUCCUCGAGGUCAGGAACGAAACAAUUACUUACCCUGAGGGCAUCAAAUCACCAAACCCAGCCUUGAACAAAGGUGUCAAAGGCAGUGGUCAGCGCUACGACAAUGCCUUCCUGCUGCAAUUUCGUGACGUCUUCAAGGAGAAGCCGUCCGUGGACUGGGACAAGACCAUCAAGGAGACUGUGGGCGAUGGCACAGACUCUGCCCGCCCCCAGUCUGCUCGCACGCCGUCCAUGGGACAGGGUGGACGAUCGAUGUCGGGUCGCCCCAGCGCCCCUCAGAUGGGCGUGAUGGGCAAUUUCGGUGCAAGUGGCCGCACACUGCCGCCCGGUACGAGCUCGGAGCAAAGGUUCCAAGCCUCCCUCGGCGGCGCCGGUCGCACGUCUGUUGCCGGUUUCCCUGGAAGUUUCCCCGCCGGUCGUGGUGCUCCCUUCCCGAUGGGCGGUGCGGGCAUGGCUCGCACACCGUCGGCUCAAUCGGUCCAGGGCGUCAACUCGCCGCGCAAUACGAGCCACCGCGGUAAGGGCAGCCGUCGCGGUGGACCGAAUCCGGCUCAGGAGGCGGAGGCCGCCAAGAAGAUGCCGCUCACUGCUGGCAUGACCAUUGCGCCACUCGAGAUUUCGCAGACGGGAUGGAAGCCCAUGACUAUCGGUCAGCCUGCCGCUAGCGCCGCUGUUCCGGGUGGCCAUCUUUCACCGGAGAUGGUCCAGCGCAAGGUCAAGGCGGCGCUAAACAAGAUGACACCCGAGAAGUUCGACAAGAUUUCAUCAGACAUACUGGCCAUCGCCUCCCAGUCCAAGGACGAGACGGAUGGCCGUACCUUACGACAGGUCAUCCAGCUCACGUUUGAGAAGGCCUGCGACGAAGCCCAUUGGAGCUCCAUGUACGCGAAAUUCUGCGAGCGCAUGCUCCAGGAUAUGGGCCCUGAGAUUCGCGACGAGAGUGUCAAGGACAAACACGGCCAGGUUGUCGUUGGUGGCGCACUUUUCAGAAAGUACCUACUUAACCGCUGCCAGGAAGAAUUCGAGCGCGGCUGGGAGGUCAAUUUGCCAGAACGACCAGAGGGCCAGACAGAGGAAGCUGCAAUGCUGUCGGACGACUACUACAUCGCCGCCGCAGCCAAGCGUCGCGGUCUCGGCCUUAUCCAAUUCAUUGGCGAGCUGUACAAACUUGGCAUGCUGACGCUCAGAAUCAUGCACGAGUGCGUUGUCAAACUCCUCAAUUUCGAAGGCACUCCAGACGAGGCUGCUAUAGAAAGCUUGGUCAAGCUGCUGCGCACCAUUGGUUCAACCAUGGACGCGGACCCCAAGGGUCAUAGCAUGAUGGAUACGUACAUCGACCGCAUUCAGACUAUCAUGAAGAUCGAGGGUCUGCCCAGUCGCAUGUACUACAUGUUGCUGGACACAGUUGAUCUGCGCCGCAAGCAGUGGCAGUCCAAAGACGCGCUCAAGGGUCCCAAGACUAUCUCCGAGAUUCGCGAAGAGGCCGCGGCACAGCAAGCUGCCGAGCUAGAGCGCCAGCGCUCGUCGCGCGGUGGCGGGUCUGGUGGCCGUCCACCUGUUGGCCGCGGCGACGCCCGCUCCUUCUCAGGCGCUGGCGGAAUGCCACCACCCCAAUACCAGUCGAGCUCCGUCGGCAUGGAUGAUCUGAAGAAGCUUACUCGCAACGCACGUCCGACGGGCUCGAGCGGCGGUGGGCUGGGUCCCGGCUCACUUCUGAGCAAUUCGCGUUCGGGCAGUCGGCGAGGAGGAUUGGGUCCAAGGGUGGGAGACGAGAGUGGAGCGAGCUCCAGAACGAACACCCCCCCAGUGAAGGACAAGGAAUCAACCGCUCAUGUGAACGCCUACAGUGCACUUGCUGCCCUUGACGGUGAUCAUCCGGACGACGUCGCUUCCCCGCCUUCACAACACGCCUCGCCCGUGCUGACAAAGGCCCAGCCGGCCGCGGCCGGGGAAGCCAGCAACGACGCAGGCAAAUGAGUUUCUGUAAAUCCGAUACCCAUCUUCUGCACGCUUGUUUUGAAAGAACCUGCAUACGAUCGUCAUCAGCAUCAACCUCCAUUUAUCAUACCAUUCGCAUGGGCAUUGCAAAAAAGCGCGUUUCUUCGUCAAAUCCGGAUGCAUUACUAGCUUUAAGACUUUUACUUCCUAUUCUUUUAGUUUUUCUUUCUCCAAUGGAAAAUGGGCGGGCCUUGUAUUGAGUGAGUGGGUGUGUCUGGGUCUGUUACCGCUUGCUGCCACUGCUACUACUAGUAACCAAUGUUGCUGUUGCUGCCGUUGGAAUGUUUUAAGUUUCUCCUGUGCGCCUGGGUUCCAUCUAUACCGAUAGACGGGGGAAAAAAGAACAUUGGGUUUUGCUGCCUGCGCGUCCCUUUCUCUUUUAUUCCCCUACCAUUUCUUCUAUAUUAUGCAGAGUAAGAGCGGAUCGAGAAUGAGAGAAAAGAGAGGGUAAGAUAGGAAAGGACGGAGAACUUGACGAGAUCCUGUGAGAGAUGCGAGCUUUUCUUUCGGCCAGAGACGUGCAAGGAAAGGCAGGGAAUGUCUAGGUAACAAUGGCGUGGCAAUGGCUAAAAAGCAAGCAUUUGUAUUUGUACGGCAUUUACAUUAUUCUUCUUCCCUUCGUGUCCCUCUUUUGUGCUCAAUUUGAUCACCUUCCAUCCUCUUUAUUUUAACAGUGCGAACGACAUUGCAUCAAUCUGGGGCUGCUGUUGACGAACUUGAU